GUGAAAGCCAGUUUUUUUUCUCGAAAUAACGAGUUGAGUGUACCGCUUGUGAGCUGUGACAGCCACUGACGUUGUUUCGAAAUAGUGCUUAUUAAGUAUCCUAUCUGAUUGAAAAUGUCGGCCGGAAAAUACGUACGGGCCCCGUCUGUGGAGUCAGAUGGCUACUCCGAAGAACUAGGGGAAGCAGAUAAAGUGUAUAUGGACGAUAUAGUAUCUGAUAAUAUCGGAGCGACAGAAGAGGUAGAAUGCCAAGAAUGGGAAAAGAACAACAUGGACUAUCGUCCUAUGGCAGGGAAACCUCGUGAGUCUGAAGUUGGCUGGCGCUAUUCUACUCAGCCGCCGAUUGCAGCUCAGACAGGGAACGCAUCGUCCAGUGGAAGUCGUUUGGAUAACGCCCCGCAUUUUCCAAAAAAUGUGCCGACUAACAAGCUUUGCGAAGAGUGGCAUCGUUUUUUGGGGAAGUUUGAGAUAGCGGCUUCGCUUUCGAACAUAAAUGACCCUGCACAACUUGCGAAGCAUCUUUUUAUGUGUAUGGGGGAUGAGCUUCAGGACAUUGUCAGCUACGCUAAUUUGAGACCAGGGUUGAACGAUCCACGAUGUUAUCAAGCUAUGAUCGAUAACAUCAAUACACAUCUGCGGCGAUUGACGGACCCCGUCACUGAACACGAGGCAUUCGGCAGGAUGACUCAAGGGAAAGAUGAAACUAUAAUCAACUUUCAUGCGCGCUUGAAGUCGAAGGUGAGAUUAUGUGAGUAUAGCCAACAGGACGAAGAUCGAUUCGUAUAUACCCAAUUGCUGAAGGGUAUGCGCGAAAGGAAACUGGCUGAGGAUGCAAGGAUCUAUGGCCACGGUAUAGAUCUUAUUGUUAAGGCUGCAGCGCGGAAGGAGGCAUUUACGCUUGAAAUUCCCAAUAAUACGGAAUGCGAGCCACAAGUUCUUGCAGUUACACGGAAGUCGAUUCGAGGAAUCCAACCAAAUCGGAAGCGUAGUGGAGAUUCUGAAUAUCCGGGUCAGAGGAAAAUGCAACGCUACGUUGGAAAUCGCAAUCAAGGUCGUCGUUUUCGUUGCUGGAGAUGCAACAGUGCGACACAUACGCAGGAUAUUUGCUCAGCCAGGAAUAAAAAAUGUUUUAACUGUGGCAUAAUAGGUCAUAUUGCUACAACAUGCCGCCGUAAGACUAUCCGGAAUAUUCACGCUAAGGAGGAGAAGGAUAACGCACCAUCGGGAUGGAUGGACGAUGAAAAUCAGAACCAGGUAUGAAUCGAUCUUUGCAGUUAACAUAUGUAGAGAAAUAAAUAUUCAGGUACAGUCGUUAAAUAUGUUUUUUUCUCCUUCUCAAAAUUAUUGCCCUUACAGCACAUUCGAACCCUCUCAUUGGGUGAUGUUUUAGUGAAUUGUCGUCUGGGAUCUUCCAGUGCCAUUUGUUUUCUUAUAGACUCGGGCGCGGACGUGAACAUUAUUGGGGGAAAUGAUUGGCAUAUCCUGAAACAGGAAUAUCACCUAAAAGUAGCGGAUUUAAAGCCGAUCAGUGUUCCUUCGGAUAAGCAGUUACGAGCGUAUGGUACAGAUAAACCUUUGCAAGUCAAAUGCGCAUUUCGUGCUUCUGUUGAGGUAACCGCAGCUUCUAAACCGGUUGUCGAAGCAGAUUUCCUUGUGGUAUUGGACGGACGUCGAUCCUUGUUAGGGAGGUCGACAGCUAG